AUGCCCUCACCUCUCCUCCUCGCCCCGCCCGAGAUCGUCGAAGAGAUCAUCCUUUUAGCCACAGCAGCCCACCCAGCUGGUCCUCCCUCGUCCCUCUACGCAUUGCAGGUCACCUGCCGCCAUCUACAUCGUACCCUCCAUGCAAAUCAUAACCCUCGCCUCUUUGCAGGCAUCUACAUGCAAAUGUUCGGUGACGCCCACCGGAUCCGGACCUUGGUCAUGGCACGCGACCGGACAGGCGACGUGUCGCUGCUGUCGCAAACGUUGGCCGUCGAACUCCAAUCGCGGCUCGGGACCAUGCAGGUCUUCCGCGACGUUUUUGCGUCACUCGAUAUCGGCCUGUAUGACCCCAAGUUGCCAGAUGCCUUCCUUCAAGCUUAUCUCAUGCUGCUCCAAGACCCCGCCAGCGUCGUCCAGCUGCGCUGGGCGCGUGCUUACGAGGUCUGCCUUGCGUGGCUCAAGAACCGCCUCCACGAGGGCGCGCUCGCGAACAAUGGCUGGCCGGUGGAGAACGUGACGAACGCGCUCGUCGUCAGCCUCUUCUGGUCGUUAGACUCUCGAGCCGCGAUUGGGGCCGAAUCUCAACAGCUUCGCGCAGAGGUCCUGGAGCUUCUGCAGCCGUUCGUGCAAGCUUCUUUCCGGUAUCCCUGCGGGAACGUGCCGGAUCACGUCUUCGAGGCUUGCGCCUCCUCCAAAACAUCGGGUCCUGAUGCGGGUCCGACCACCGGACGACAUACCGCGCACGGCGCGUGGCCUCCAACAAGGCUUGCGCCGAUACAUGUUGCUUUCGUUGGGCUCGAGGGCCUUGUGGAAGUACCGAUGCCUUCUAUUGCGCUGUAUGCUAUUCCUGCGUACUUUGCCCGCCUCGCGAUGACGCCAAUGGCUAUUCCGUCCUCCCUGCCACGUACGCGGGCCGAGGCCAUCGAUCGCGGGUAUGGUCCGCACGGCGUCACCAUCGAAGACAUCAUUGCCUUCAAUGAGCACGCGGGUGUGCGAUUUCCCGACGCCGCCGACUUCAGGAGCGAAACGGGCUUAAUGGUCGCACCCUCUCUGAGUCAACUGCGCCCGACGAAUACGCCUCGCCUUGCGCCGUACAUACUGGGCUCGAUCACCGGGUCCUGGCGGGGAUCUUAUGCUCACCUGUCUCGCGAAGCCUACACGCACAUGUUGGAGCACCGCACGGCGCCGGCCCAGUUCCCGCGCAUGGUGCGAAAGCCAAUAUAUAUCACGUUCCAGGAGCACUAUAAUUACUCCCCUGGACGGCCUAUCCCUCUGCCUCUCGAAGAACGCGGGUUCGCGAACGCGUGGCUGCCGGACAAGUGCGUGUGGCGCCUGUGCGAGGAUCACAUCGAGUUCUCGGGCGUCGAUGGCGAUUGGGCGGCCACGUACAGGACGUAUGAGCCCGGACUUGGUGGGCGCGAGGACUGCCAUCCGCAGCGGAACGCGGCGGCGCCUAUCGACGUCGUCGUCACCGGGAAGACGAGCGAAGACGGCUUGGUUUGGAACCCGCUUCGAUUCUAUGGGCGGGUGCGGCCGAGCGACGGCCGCGUGACGUUGGUGGCAGAAGCGAGCGAUCCGGAGAGGUCGCACGUCGGGCGUUGGAUCUAUACGGGCUACGUGACGGCGUCGGGCAACUUCGUGGGGCGGAUGAUGUUCUGCGACGCGGGAAUCGACCCGCCUCCGUGGGACGGCGUGUUCUGCUUGUCCAAGGUCUAA